UUGAAGUCCAAAGAAAAGGGGGUGUGGAGAGUCCAGAAUAAUGGGGCAUCAAAUGCUUAUGGGGAUUCGCACUGUUCCAGAAUUCCAAGAUCUGCACCAACCUAUCCAUUAUUUAUUUCAAAAUCACAGACCCCUCUUCUUCUUCUUCUUCUUCUUCUUCUUCUUCUUCUCUCUCUAAAAUUUGAACUCUUCUUCAUUGGUGGAGCUGCGAGAGGAUUGGAAUUGAGUGACCCAGAUGAGCCAAUAUCAAAAUUUCGGGGCUUAGAGGCUUGUGGGUGCGUUGGAUGGUGGCUCGGAGAGGCUACCAACAAUUCAAAUUCGAGGGCUCUCUUUAUUAAAGCUUUGUAGAGUCGAACCCAAAGCCAAUCAGGGCUCCGUCGGAAAGUUGCACCCAAAAAGGUGACUCCUACCCUUACCUUCUUUUCUCUCUCCUCUCUCUCUCUCUCUCCUUUUCUCUGCAACUCUUUUCCAUUUGGUGCUUUUAGGGCAAAUCUUCUGCCAUUUCGAUCGUUACCCAGAUGAAAUCAACGUUGGAUAUGGUUCAGCUGAGAUUCCUGUGAGGGUUGCUGUAAAUAGGAGGAUUAGUAAUCAUGGCAGCUGAAUCAAACAGGGGUUUUCACCAAACGUUAAGUUCUGCUUUGAAUCGCCACGCUAUAUCUUUUCAAUCUACUGCAACAACCAGCAGCUCAGAGAUGAUGACAAUGGAGAACUACUUUGGGGUCAAUAACGCGUUGGACAUAAUGUUUUCGGGGAAUUCGAACGUUGUCAACAAUAACAAUCAUCCUGUUAUUAGCCAAGCUACCAAUUCAUCUGGUUCUCUGCUUCUUGAUACGGUGCCAGGGCUCAAGAAUGAUGCUGGGUUGGCAGUGGAAUGGUCUGUGGAAGAGCAAUUCAAAUUGGAGGAAGGUCUUGUCAUGUUUGCUGAUGAACCAAGCAUUUUGAGGUAUAUCAAGAUCGCUGCCACGUUACGUGAUAAAACUGUUCGGGAUGUUGCUCUAAGGUGUCGGUGGAUGACUAGAAAACGAAGGAAGCCCGAAGAACAUAUCGGAAAGAAAGCGAUCAAUCGAAAGGAUAAACUGAUGGAGCCAUCUUUAAAGAUAAACACACCUUCAGCCCCAGGACCCAGCAUGGCUGCAUAUUCUCAUAUGAUGCAGCAUCAUAUGAAUGGAAAAGAAAGAGCGCCUUCUGAAGUCUCAGAGAUUAGCAGUGCAGCUGCGCAUCUUCUGGAACAGAAUGCUCAAGCUUUUAGUCAAAUUACUGCCAACCUUUCCGUGUACAAGUUGCAGGAUAACAUUGAUCUUUUCUGCCGGACAAGGAAUAAUAUUAUUGCUAUCCUAAAUGAAAUGAGGGAAACUCCAGGUAUAUUGAGCAAAAUGCUACCACUUCCUGUAUCUAUAAAUGAAGAUCUAGCAAAUAGAAUUUUGCCCAGCACAACCUGAAUUGGACCGGCUCCAUUCUUUUGGCCCUUGGUUGUGUUUUAUGCUUACACCAGGGCCAUUGCAGAGAAAUAUGAACAAGAAGAAAGAUGAUGAUGUAGGGCUGAUUGGUCAGUUAGCCCACUGCCUGACCAAUCAGACAAAAUCAAAUGGAUGGCUGAGAAAAGAGUGAUUGAUCUUGAUGUCAUGUCUCUGAGUUCCCUCCCCCAGCACACAAAAUAUUACCAGGGAAGCAAGUGUCAGCUGCUGCAGAUAUAUUGGUUGGGAGAUCUGAGUUAAGGGAGGAAGAGAGAAAGGGGAAAAUAUUGGAUCUGCUGCUUCCAAUUUGUACUAUUUUAGGCAUUACCUAAAAAUAGAAUCGUUGUGCACAAAUACUUGAUAUCAAAGUAUAGCAGUUCUGUAGUUAUCUGUG